GCCCGUCCUUCCGCUUCCGGGUCGCGCGGCAAGAUGGCGGCGGCCGGCGAGGAGGCGGAGGCGGCCGACUGGGCGCUGCCGUCCGAGGUGGAGGUGCUGGAGUCCAUCUACCUGGAGGAGCUGCGGGUGGCCCGCGGCGGCAGCAGGUCGGAGCCCUGGGAGAUCUGCAUCACCCUGCACCCGGCCACGGGCGAGGACCAGGACUCGCAGUACGUGCGCUUCACCCUGGUGCUAUCCGUGCCCCCGCAGUAUCCCGACAAAGCUCCGGAAAUCGCCAUCAGGAACCCGCGGGGGCUGUCAGAUGAGCAGAUUCAGAAGAUUUCACAGACCCUGGGACAUGUUGCUGAAGCCAGGCUGGGGACAGAGGUGCUAUAUGAACUGAUUGAGAAGGGGAAGGAGAUUCUCACUGACAACAACAUCCCCCAUGGCCAGUGCGUGAUCUGCCUCUACGGAUUCCAGGAGAGAGAAGCCUUCACAAAGACCCAGUGCUACCACUACUUCCACUCCCACUGCCUGGCCCGCUAUGCCCAGCACAUGGAAGAGGAGGUCCUCAUGCAGCAGGAGGAGAGAGAGCAGCACCUGGCACCUUCCCCGAAACAGGCAGGGGAUUAUCUGGAAGUGUGUGGACUCGGUCGGAGUGUGGGGUUGAUAUCAACUCUCCCCUCCCUGCAGGAGGUCGGUGUGCAGUGCCCUGUCUGCCGGGAAACCCUCGUCUAUGAUCUCUGUGCUCUGAAGGCAGCGCCGCCCCCGCAGCACCCGCUGGAGCCAUACAGGCCAGAUGCCAAGACACUGCAGCACCAAGAAGAACUGCGCUUAAUCUUCAAGAGACAGCAAGAGAAGGGAGGCAUUAUUGACCCUGAAGCAGAGAGGAACCGUUACUUCAUCAGCCUCCAGGCGCCUCCAGCUACUGUUGAUCCAGGCCAAGCAGCUUCUGCCUCCGAGCCACUGGCGACUGCAAGCGCUGUGGAUUCUCCCCAGCCACCCUGUCAGCCCUUGGCUCCAGAGCCCACCACGCCUCCAGAGGCCAGGGCAGAAGCCAGGCAGCCAGAGAGACCAGCUGUGCCCAGGGAGCAACAGAGCAAGCGAGAGAGGCACAGAGGGGAGUGGUCGGGCCUCAGAGGCCAGGGCAGGCAGUUGUGCAGCGAUGCACAGGGAGCGGCAGAGGAACCCUGUCAUCUGUUCCAUGCCUCCAGGGGCUCCAAGGGCUUCAGCCGGAGACCAGAGCGGAGAGAGGAGAGGAGCCAAAGAUCUGGUGGAAGACACAGCCAGGAGUUUCCAAAGCCUCACGGCAGAAACAGGGCUGCAGCCCUGGCUGAAAGAAAGGAGUUGAGCCCUGAAGACCCCUCACCAGUAACAGGGAUGUUGGACUUGAAAGAGGAUUACCAUGAUGUGGGGAGAUGGACCCUGGAGCAGGGAGCUGAGGCCCAGGGCAAUGAGGAGAACCCAGCACUUAACCGCAGCGACCACAGAGGAGCCCCCAGGUGGCAGGGCCACCACAGGCCCUGGGAUUGCGGGAGGUGGGAGAGGUCCAGGGUCCAGGAGCAUGGCUCCUACCCCAGAGCGCCAAGAGGGCGAGGGGUGUUCAGGCCUGGUGGACGUCGAGAAGCCCAUCUCCUCGAAAAGGAGAGUGGCUCCUAGCAGGACUGGUGAGGGGCUGGGCUAGGGGAGGGAAGGGCUGUUUUGGGGGAGAACGAUGCAGGCUCUGGUGGAGCAGUAGCAAGCAGACACCAUGCCCCUUGGAAAGGAGGAGUCCCACCCUGGAUCCCCACUGCAUAGCUUGGAGGCAGUUGGCACAUGGCAGAGCUUGGGCAAGGUAGUGUCUCUAGGGCAUAUGUGCAGAGUGAAGCAUCCUAGUGUGGCUGCCUGGUGUGAGCCACCACCAGCGUCAGAGAAGCUGACUCCCAACAGUCAUGGUAACCUUGGUCUCAGAGGAUGCAGAGGGCAGGGGAAGCCUUGACCAGGGUCUAGCGCCCACCAUGUGUGAGCUGGCAAAAACAUCACUGCCUGCAGAGCAAAUGGAUCAGGCCCAGCAUGGUGCCACAACAGAGCCAGAGUUAUGGUAGGACCUUCCCUGGAACCAAGCAUCCCUGUUGAGCGUGGUGGCACCAGGCAAUAAGGUUGUACCAGGGCAGCAGCCUGGACCUCAGCUUGCUGCAUCCCCAAAUGAUUUUUGGACCAUGUUCUCAACCUGCUGUUCCUUGGAGACAACAUUGCUUCUCCCCCAGCCCCAACCUCCACUCAGGUGAUGGGCUUGGCCAGACGGGUCAGGCAAGGCCUUUGUACAACAGGACGCUUCCAAAUCGCAGCCAGGGUAGCUAAGCUAGGCCUAAGCCAGCACGUUGGCAGGUCAGGGCUGUCCAGUGAACAAGGCUUUGGGCUGGCUCCUGCUCCCUCAAGAAGUUCAAAUUUAGCUGGAGUUUCUGCACUGUCCCUCAGCUGCCUUUUUGCAGGCAGUGGCUGCACUGGAGAGACUUGGGAAGAGCAUUCUGCUCUGUGUCCUGUAUAUUUCUGUUAGGAUCUCUUUCUAAGCCUAGGCUGUCUUUUGGAGCUCACAGAGGCCCAGAGUGAAGACAGGUCCCAGUACUUUGAAUUUUCUUAUCUCCUUUCAUCUUUUCAUGCUGCUCUUGCUUUAAAGAAAUGGGGAUUUGCUUUUUAUACUAACAUGUCCCUGGUGCAGUUCCUUCUACUGGUGCUUCACAGAUUUAAACCAUGUCCCACUCCAGAGACAUGAUGGGAGAUCUCAAGUCUCUGGAGUGGGACAUUGCUACAAAUUUAAUGCAUUGGGUCUUCUUUCAAAUCUGUUCCUUCUGCAUUCUCUGCCCCCCCACACACACCUUUUUUUAACUGUUUGGUGCCCAGUGUUGGUCUUUAAUACUGCUUCCUUCCCCCCUUUCCCAUGUGCUGGUGUUUCCCUAUGACCAGAGCCAGGGCAGAGACCUACUCCUGGGUGGCAGAGCAGCUCUCCUGCUCCUGGUUUUGCCUGGCUCAGUAUAAGUUGUCCAGUCAACGCAGAUCAUAUUGAUUCUUUCACACUUGUUUGUGCCUUGUGCCCCUGCACACACCUUUUUGGCUGUAAGGGGGCUCUUACGGUCUUCCUCCUCUUGCUGAGCAUUCUUUGAGUAGUGGAAAAAUCACCAUGCUUUGGAUUUACCAGGGCUUCCAGUGCACUCGCUAGGAAAACGACAUCUGUCUCCAGACUGGGAGAGCAUUUGCUUUUCAUUUGCCUCAGUUUGCCUUUCAAACUCUUUCUCACAUAAGCAGUGCACAGAAGCCUUUUCUGACAGGGGUCCUCCUGACUGCCUGCUCUGCUCUCUUCCCUCCUAGCCUUUUCCUGAUGAUGCUGGUUUAACCUGCUGCCCAAUGGUUGGUUGAUGGUUUGUUGGUUUUGGUUUGGUUUGUUUUUUGUUUUUUGUUUUUUUUUGGGGGGGGGGGGGAGAAGGGGAGAAGGAAGAAUCUUCCUUGCUCAAAUUUCUAACAUAGGCCUAUUUUCAGCCUGAUCUCCAGCACAUUAAUGCUCUAAUGAGCUUUUCUUUCUUUCUUUCCUCAGUCUGAGCUUAUACUACCCAUUUUGGGCUUGGGGAUCUGAGCACCAAACUGUAUGCCCUGCUGGGGACCAGGGCUGAACACCCAGCCACUGACUCCCUGAAACGUGCCCUCAUUUUCUUUCUUCAGUGCUUGCUCUGUUCUUGUUCCAGCCUGUGUGGGGGUGAACAGCCAUUUGGGUGAAACGGGAAGGUGUAAACUUUAACUGACGUUGAUGCUGUUUUGCUGCCUUCUGCCUUUACGUGUGAAAUUCCUGUUCUUCAAAAAAUAGUUUUGAUCGUGUCCUGAAAGAAACACAAAGAUCUCUGCCCUUUGCAGCAGCUGUAGCUAAAGCUCCUUUGCUUUCUCCAGAGAGUCGGAUUCAGUCGCUCCUCAUCUGGAAAGGUGUUGUGCCAUGUGUCUGGGAGCACGGGAAGGCAGCCAUGGAAAUCCCAGUGAGCAGAGACUUGGGUAAUUUCAAACAAUCAAAUGCCGAACCUGUUAGAGGGGAGGGGUGUAUUUCUGUGUGUAGGGAUUUGGGAAAGGCCCUCACCUUUCUAACUCACUGCUGUCAGCCUGGAGCAGAGGAAAUCUUGCAACUGCGUGGAAAGGAAUUUGGGUUAAACAAAACAAGCCCCAGAAAAGGCUUGGCAGCAGCAGCUAAUGGCUGCCAAGAUGGCCGUGGGCAGGGCUGGCUGGCCAGCAGAGAGGAACUUGACCCUGGCUUGAAGAAGAUCUUGGGGCGUUGUGGGAGACGUUGAGGCAUCCCAGCGUGAUGCAUCCCCUCCUGCACCCAAGAGCGGCGAGAUGUCUGGAAGGGAGCCUUUGCCUGGCUCCUUUGCCUACACUUGUCUAGGGUGGAGAUUUGGGAUGGGGGAGGAAUAGUAGCCCUGAGGGUCCUCACUUGGUGUCUGCCUGCAUCCCUCCUCCUGGCCUGGGGGGUGCCAAUGCUGACCUACCUCACAGGGCUGUUGUGAGGCUUAACUGGCAAAAGUGCUCAGAGGUGCCAGUUGGAAAGGCACCGGUGGUGUCUGUAGUAUUAACACUAUUAAAAGCAAGCAGAGUGACUGA